CUAGGAACACUGCAGACAGACCCAAAGCAGUGAGAUCUGAUGUUUACUGUAUUUCUGCUGAAAUGCAAACUGAAAGUAUCUUCACAGAAAACCCCGCCCAUCCCUCAUGUGACGUCACAUUUCCUCAUUUUAUAACGUUGUGGAACACGGAAGGUUUGGUUGAAGUUCAUUGAGUUUGUUUCAGCAGUUCGUUCUUGUUUUCUCUCAAACUCACAGUUUGAUCUUUGGAUGAUGAAAGUAUUCAUUAUUAUAGUAUCGCUCAUUGUAAAUGUGGUGUGUACCGUGGUUCACAUGCAUCAUGUCUUUGUCUACGGCACACUGAAGAAAGGCCAGCCCAACCACUUCGAGAUGCUGGAUGCUGCCAACGGUCAGGCCAAGUUACUCGCUCGCACUCGAACCGUAGAGCGAUUCCCGCUCGUGAUCGCCACCAAUAACAACUACCCCUUCCUGCUCAAUAAGACCGGGACGGGUCAGCGCGUCCACGGCGAGAUCUACUGCGUGGACCAGAAGAUGCUGGACUUCCUGGACGAGUUUGAAGAUGUUCCUAAGUUGUACCAGCGCACCACGGUCCAGCUGGAGGUGCAGGCCGGGGACGGUGAAGGAGAAAACACACUGAAACCUGGAAGCAUCGUGGAAGCGUUUAUGUACAGCACGAAUAAAUAUAAACCUGAGUGGCUCCAGAAACCAACAUAUGAGAGUUAUGAUACGUACGGUGAUCACGGACUGCAAUAUCAUGAGGACACAAACCCUGAGUAAUGACUGUACAGAUGCUGCUUACCAGGGUCCAAAGUUAACAUUUUACCAACCUGUCAGUGUCACGUCAGUUUACCAUUUACAUGUUUUACAACAAACUUACCUUGCAUUUUGUACAUUUUAUAUAUAAAUUUUACACACACA